AUUUUCCUUUCCAGUGACGACCAACUCGUGAUGAUCAGCGGCCUCUUCUUGAUCUCCCAGAAGGGAGAAGUGGUGCUCAACCGCCUCUACAGAGAUGACGUCAGUCGUCGCGCCGCCGACGCGUUCCGCCUGCAAGUGAUUGCCGCCAAGGAAACCGGAUCCCUUCCGCCCAUCAAAAGCAUCGACGGAUGCUCGUUCUUGUACACGCGCCACGAAAACCUUUACCUCGUUGCCGUCUCUCGCGCGAACAUCAACACAGCGCUUGUGUUUCAAUUCCUCACCAACAUCAACGGCAUCUUCCAAGAUUACAUGGGGAAAAAGUACAAUGAGGAGAGCAUUCGGAACAACUUCACGUUGGUGUACGAACUCCUCGAUGAAACGAUGGACUAUGGGUAUCCUCAAAACUGUGCGUCGGAAGUGCUCAAAAUGUACAUCAAUCUUGGGUCGUUGUCGGCGGAAGCGGCGGCGUCGGCGGCGCAACCUGGCCAAUUAACGUCCCAAAUCACUGGUGCCAUCGACUGGCGACGGGAAGGCAUCAAGUACAAGCGCAAUGAAGUGUACUUGGACGUGUUUGAGAGCGUCAACUUGCUUAUGUCCGCGAACGGCGCCGUGCUUCGCAACGAAGUGGUCGGGCAAGUAGUCAUGAAGACCUUGCUCACUGGCAUGCCGGAAUGCAAGCUCGGGUUGAACGACAAGUUAACCAUGCUCAAAGGCGAUGGCGCCGCCAAGGCGGCUGGACAGAAGCGGACUCAAAAGGAAGUCGAGAUUGACGACUGCACGUUCCACCGAUGCGUCCGCCUUGGCAAGUUCGACGCUGACCGCACGAUCACGUUUAUUCCGCCCGAUGGCGAGUUUGAGCUGAUGAAGUACCGCGUCACGGAGAACAUCAACUUGCCCUUCAAGAUCAUGCCAGCGUAUCAGGAAGGCAGUUCCACUCGCAUGGCCGUAUCGUUGAAGAUCGCGGCGACUUUCAGUGCGCGUUUGUUUGCGACCAACAUUGUAAUCAAGAUCCCCGUGCCCCAGAACACGGCGCGCUGCAAGAUCAUUGUGCCCAUCGGAACGGCGAAGCAUGCACCGGAACACCACGCGAUCGUGUGGAAGAUCCGAAAGUUCCAAGGCACGUUGGAACGCAUGUUGGACGCGGAAAUCGAAAUGCUCAAGGGCACCAAGGAGAAAGUGUGGUCGCGUCCUCCCAUCCAAGUGGAGUUCCAAGUGCCCAUGUUCACGUCGUCGGGUCUGCACGUUCGAUUCCUCAAAGUGUUCGAGAAGAGCUCGUACCAAACGACCAAGUGGGUGCGCUAUGUCUCCCGCGCUGGGCAAUACCAAUUGCGCAUCUAGUUUCACCGCCAUCAUUGAAUAUAUGCCUUGUGUCACUCUGGACCAGGGCUAUGGAACGUUACCAUGUGAUCAAUGGGCAUGCUGAUGAUGCAUGCCGUGACUUGUGUUCGACGGAGCAAAUGCUGCAGUGGGGAAAAUAAGGAAAAUAAUCGACUUGGAUUGGCUGCAA